AGUCAGACCUUCUUUAGACCGCAACGACCGACAGCGUCGAAAACGAAGACGACGACGACGACGACGACCGCGACGCCACUGCCGCCACGGUCAGGUCACUAGCCAGCAAGCACGGUGUCCAUUUCCAAGUCAGUCAGUAUACGUCUAACGUCUUCAGUGUCAAGGUCUCUUGAUUCUUUCUCCCUUGCUCUCUGUCCGUACGACGAAGAAGAAGGUGUUGUGCUGAGUGCAGUAAGGAGUAUCCCUAGCUGGUGCUACGGAUUUACCUUCAUGUGUUUGGACUUUAUGAGCGUUUUUGGCACCUGUUGAUUGAGUUGCAGUUUUUCUUGUGAAGUUGUGCUAGAAGUGAUCUUGAAGACCUGUCUGAAAAAUACGCUACUUCUUGCUGAAGUUGACCGUUAGCGUCUUAUGGACUGUGUGUGUCCAGAAGUGCCAAGAAUUCAUCAAGUACUGAAUCGUGAAAAAAGCACCUAUCUGGAUGGAAUUGACCUUCAGCUGGGAGUGAAAUCAAUUCAUCGUACAACAUUUAGCAAUCGGCGCUCUUGUGACCAGCUGCUAUCGGAUCGAUCGGACAAAUCACUCGGAUCGCGGUCUGGCACGGGGAGGAAAGUUCGGUGCACGCAGUGAAAUUUGGCAGCAUCGCGAGUUUCUCUAGAAUACGACGCCGUUGAAACCGUUGAUGUUGAAACGUUGAUGACGCGUCCCCACCAGUGAGUAAGCAAGAGCUCUCGUUCGCGGCAAACGUCGGUGGUGGGUAGAGAAAAAAAGUGAAAUUUCGGUUGGCUUUCGCUCGUUAUUACUUUGCAUCUCGCGAAGAAACACACGCCGAUAAUGGUGUUAGUCAAACAUUGAGUGUCAUUGGCAGUCGAGUGGUAGACAACGCCAGGGUUAAGUGUGUUGGCAAGAUAAUUUCGGUCGCGAUCACGUAGGUUUAGUAGUGGCAAUCCGUGGUGAUAUCCGAAACUUGCGCUGCGCUGACUGAAGUGCUUCCAAAGAUCAGAAAUCGAUUCUCAUCCGUUCCCAGCGAAACUUGUUUCGAGUGUUCCGUGAACCGCGUCACUGCGGGUUUCAAGAGGCUUCAAUCUAAAUAAGUUAGAAAGGUGGCUUAAAGUGUUCGAUAUCGAAUGUGCAACGUGAAACUCGACAAGCGAAGAGUCCUUCCAUAAUGAUACCGAUUUGCAUCGCUAACGGUAGUGUAUGUAAUCGUUGUCCCACCCCACAGCAGCUUCCCAUCGAAGUCUGUAGUAAUAACGCUAGUAAUUUGCAUCAUUAACCGCUGAGAUUUGUCCCGCGAACUACACAUCAUCAUCAUCAGCAGCAUCAGUAACAUCCGUGCUAGAAAAGAAAACCAAUCGGUUUCCUGUCGCCGUACCUUCGCUGACUUCAACCGGAGAGAAACUAAUGAAAAUAGGCCUUCUCUGGCGGGUUGAUAAAUCGGGAUCGCCGCCACCUGUCUCUGCGUCGUUCGUCUCCCCCCUCUUCCCGUAUGCCCGAUCGCUCUGAAUUGCUCUUUGUCGUUUUAUGCUGAGUGUGGGGCGUUUCCAACGCUCUUGAGAAAGAAAAAAAAGUGGAACACAGUCAGGCCCCAGUUCAGAGCAUCCGGUGGCUAUUGCCGCGCAGAUCUAACGGGUUCAGUGGAGCGUAUCAUAGAAUUGGUCGAACAAGCGCAGUUUGAAAACAGCAAAAAAAGUCUAGCUCGCGCUUCUUUACGACGCUAGGGAAAUCAUACAGGUGCAUGCGAGGCCCAAGCUGGACGUGGAGACGUUCGAGUUCGAGUUCAAGUUUCGCUGAUAAAAACGUUGUCAUCGUUCGAGAGAAGCUGUCAAGAUGUCCAGUAAGCCACGUCGAGGGACAGACAGACGGAACUAUCAGCGAUGUACUGCCUCCCGCACAACGAACGCCCUGCUGCUGACCUCACUCACAGUGUUUCUGAGCAAUCUGCUCAGCACAGCUCACGGGAACCCGAUGCAUCCGUUCUCAUCAGCGCUGGCAAUCGGCCGAAACCUGCGGCAUCUACCUUGCGUGGUGCGGAGCACGGGCGCUGAAGGUAUCUGUAUGUUUGCCAUUGACUGCUUCAAAGCGAACGGAACCCACCUGGGAGUGUGUAUCGAUAAAAUAUUCUUCGGUUCCUGCUGCCAGGUUAAAGAUGAUAGCUUACUGUUCAACCAUGAAAUAACGGACAACAGUAUAGACCAUAAUCACAGCUCCGGCUUGCACUUUCAGCACUUUCCACCGGCGGUGGUAGAUACCAAUAAAAAACCACCGCUCACUGAAACGCGGUUGCCCACGACGGCGGCACCCAAAAACGCAACGAGAUAUGAGUUGAUCAGCACUUCGUCCACGACCACUCACCGAACAACAACAAAGGUGAUGCGAAGGAAUACAACCACUUCAACGAGAAAACCAACAACAACAACAACGAUGAAAGUAGAGCUAAAGGAUGACUUGCCAUCUACAACGGAUUACUGGGAGUUUUCCACUUUCCAAUACGUCCAAAACAAUAAAAAUCCUACCCAUAUAACCAACAAUCGUCGAACGACCACAGCACCAACUUUCAAAACAACUACUAAAAAGCUUCCACCGAGAACUACUCCCACAACCACAACAACAACAACUACUACUACUACGACUACAGCAAAACCAAUUAAAACUCGCAAACCGGCUCCAAGUCGAAAUAACACGCGUGCUCCAACACCUCAACUAACCACCCCAAAGACUGUUGUUACUACCUUACCAGAAAAUAAAAGGAACCUCACUACUUGGUCAACGAUAACGAGACGUCCUGUAACACCCGUGGAUACGACGACAUAUUAUUCUAGACGUCCGACCACCACAACUUCCACUACCGUGACACGUACAACCAUGCCACCGAGAAGACCAACGACAACAUUUACUCAAUUGCCCAAGGAAACUACCAUUUCGAGCACAACAAGACGACCAACGACUCCUCCUUCAAUAAUUCCAAUGACUAGACCUAUAAAUAGACUAAGACCUACCAUAACAACUACAGUUGAACCUGAUACCACCAGAGCUACGAGACCAAGACCACGGCCAACAUCAGUAAUUGUCACUGUGCCUGCAACAUCGCUAGAUCAUCUGCUCGAAGAUCUUGUAACAACUCUUCAGACAGAGCGAACUUCUGUUGAGACUUCGUCAUCCUUGAGACCUAGACCGAGCAUGAGUAGUAGCAUUAGUAGUAGAUACCCCAACACUACAAUUAAAAUUACAGAAACAACCACUCCUACACCAACAACAACAAUCUAUCGCCGGCCUACUACCACAACUACAACAACUGCCAAACCAACUACUUCUUCUACAACUAACACAACUCCUCCGACGACUAGCAAACAAACUACUACAACGACAACAGAAAAGCCCACAACGACUAGAACAACCACUCUUAAUGCUACUACAAGUACCACUGUUCCUACAACAAAAAUUUCCACCACCUUCGUCCCCUCGACUGCAAAAACUACCAUGAGUUCAACAACCAGCAGCACCACUCCAACAACAACUACGACUACAACUACAACAACAACUACCCCCAGGCCAACAACAACAACUACCAGGCCAACAACAACAACUACCAGGCCAACAACAACAACUACCAGGCCAACAACAACAACUACCAGGCCAACAACUUCGACUACCAGUGAACCCCGCACAACGACAUCUGGAAGAAUAACACCACCUGCGGAUAUUGAUUAUCCACCGGAGACGUCGCAAAUCCACAACUUUCUGGACGAAACAACAGCCGGAUCCGGUUUAGUUACCUGGUCUAGUAUAAUUGAUGACGUUCCCUUCGAGAAACAACCAGUGCCGGCAGGUCCCACUACCUCAAAUAGUUGGAUACUGAUUCAUACACUAACCCCCGAAGAGGUGCUUGCCACCAGCGGAAAUCAAACGUUUAAUCACAAUUCGAGUACGCAAUCAUCACCAUCAUCAUCCGUCACGUUGAUAGAUCAGACGCUACCAACGCUGCCGGAGGAUAUUGCACUUCCAGCGCAUGAACCGCAACUUCCUGAAGCCGCAUACAUUUACACCAUUCAUGACGAAACUAACCAUACGCUAAUCGAUGAGCUCACCUCUCAUUCACAACUUGCCACAACAUCGUCACCCACAGAAGUCGUCCUUAAUUUUUCGUCUGUAGCUAGCCAAAAACCCAGCACUGCGGGCAGUAGUUAUCCCACCAGUAGCGCCCCCUACACAGCAACAUCAACGACAACGACCAGAACAACACCAACCACAACUACCACCACUACUACUGUGGCCAGCACCAGCACUACUACCGAAGCGAUUCGGGAGGUGACUAGCAGUAGUACUACUAGCAGCUCCGGUCCAGAUUCAACUCCACUAGAUGAAGAGACAGCUUCAACUGUAACUCCUGAACCUACUACGAGGUCAACAACCACUUUGUCAACAACCCAGUCAACAGUUCCAAUGACAUCCACCGCUUCAUCGCUAUUAACCAGUGAGCAAGCAAGCAGUACAGGCACAAGCAGUGCCCCUUUAGAACCUAACAAUAACACUACGAUCACUGACAUCUCCACCUCACUUCUAAACGGAAUCAUUACUCAACUUCAGACAGGCUUAGCCUCCCAAACAAGCACACUGCUUUUAAGCACUACUACAGAACAAGAAACCUCGCAGGCAGCUACCUCAACGAUUGCACCGGAAGUCCUAAUUGAAAUAUACGAUCCCACGACAUCCUCACCGAAGGAGCCUUCAACGACGCAGACCUUCCACUGGGAACAGUCUACUACCGUCGAACCGGUAACUGACUCCGUAACCGAAGAUGGAAGCUUUGAAGAGGGCAGCGGAAGCGAAGAAGAAUCCGGUGAAGAAGGAAGUUCCAGUUUCGAAAGCUACGAAUCCACUCCGGAAGCGGUUAGUUCCACGCCGAUGCUGCUGCCGGUGACGGACGAUAUUUUAAACGUGAGCAUCUCUUCGGAACAACCGGCUACGACGAUAAUUUCUACCGUCUCAACAACGACAACGACGACGACCGAUUCGAGUACAAGUACCGGAAGCAUCAGUGCUGCCAGUUCGACAACGCCACUGAACAUUACCAGUUCGCUGCAAUCGAUCGCUUCCAUGUUUAACAUUUCCACCAGCACCGGAAUGCCGAUUCGGUUUCCUGACGACAACAGUACCGAAACCAGCAUUAGUAGCAGCAGUACAAGCAGCAGCAGUUUUGGUACCAGCAGUGCCAGCAGUAACGAAAGCACUCCAGUAACUGACGGUGUCACGUUAUCGCCAGAUGUGCUAAGCACUUCUACCAUACCGACGCUGGAAGGUAUCGACUAUCGAGUGGUGUGCGGCAAGCGUAUGUUUCCGGAGCCUCGAAUCGUCGGUGGAACUAAGGCAUCCUUCGGUCGGUGGCCUUGGCAGAUUUCCCUGAGACAGUGGCGAACUUCGACCUACCUGCACAAAUGCGGCGCUGCUUUGCUGAACGAGAACUGGGCCAUCACGGCAGCUCACUGUGUAGAUAACGUUCCACCAUCGGACCUUCUACUGCGGUUAGGUGAGUACGAUUUGGCGCUGGAAGAGGAGCCCUACGGCUACCAGGAGCGACGGGUACAGAUUGUGGCAUCCCAUCCUCAGUUUGAUCCUCGAACGUUCGAGUACGAUCUAGCAUUGCUAAGAUUCUACGAACCAGUGAUAUUCCAGCCAAAUAUUAUUCCGGUUUGCGUUCCUGAUGGGGAUGAGAACUUUAUUGGCCGGACUGCGUUCGUAACUGGAUGGGGGCGACUGUACGAAGAUGGUCCAUUACCAAGUGUCCUGCAAGAAGUAACCGUUCCUGUGAUCGAGAACAAAAUCUGCGAAACAAUGUACCGAAGUGCCGGUUAUAUCGAACAUAUACCGCACAUAUUUAUCUGUGCUGGAUGGAAGAAGGGCGGAUAUGAUUCUUGCGAAGGAGACUCCGGCGGUCCGAUGGUGAUCCAGCGGCAAGACAAGCGCUUCCUGCUGGCCGGUGUCAUCUCCUGGGGUAUCGGUUGUGCCGAGGCCAAUCAACCGGGCGUGUACACGAGGAUAUCGGAGUUCAGGGACUGGAUCAAUCAGAUUCUGCAGUUCUGAGAAUUAACAUUGGAUGCCAACCCUACGCGGGAUAUACUACGUACAAGCUCUAGGACUAUAUUAAGGUGCAUUUCCGGAACAGGCUGUCUCCGACGAUCUUCGGUGCAGUACCGAAAUAGAUAGGAUCAGAAGGCAGCCAAAUUGCGACUGCUAGCGACCGUACAUCUUUACAGAGAGAGAAAAGAGAUGAGCAAAGUUGAGGACUCUGAGUCUACAUUGUUGAUUCGUUUUAAUCUGGCAGGGGUGCCACCAUACAGAGUUGCACACAUUGAUCUGUCGAUAGAAUCGGCACCUGAAGGCACAAUACUCGGUCCACGUCCAAGUAGCUGCAAGAAUGUACAUUUCAUCGAUAGAUCGAUACCGUGAUUGAAGACAGGUAGUUUUAUUGGCGAGGGAAAAACAUUUAUUUUAAACAUAAAAGUUUUUAAUUGAGUGUGGUGUCACUCACAGCACAGAACCAGUGUACGAAAAACACAAGCAAGAAGGAAACUAUUUUUGAAUUUUUAGUGAAAAAAUGAGUAAAAUAUGCUGAAGUUUUAAAACAAUCAGAAGUGUGAGCGAGUGAACGCGAAUGCGAGCAUGAUUUAGUUUUUAAAAAUCUUCUCUAAGUUGUGAUAAAUAGUUGUGAAUGGAUGUGAAUCACAUAUUUUUCUGCAGCGCUAACGAAUGAUUGUGGUAUCUUAGCAACAAACAAAUUUCGCCGACGUGUUAGAUUUUAGGAAAUAAAGAAAUUAUUUAUUUAUUUAUAUUCAUAAAACUUAAUUAAAACAUUACACAUCAUCUAGCAUUUUAUCUCGAACCAGAAUUUUCACGUUCCACAGUAAAAAGACGUCCUCGGUGAGAUGUGCAAGGUCUGGCUCGAAUUGCGAUAGGAAUUGGAAAAGAAGCGUACUAUUUUUAGAACAACUGCACACAAAUACAGUAAAGAACAGAGCCAGACAGGGUGUGAUUGAACAUUGUUUGUAAAUAUAUAUCUGUUAAGGAUUUGAACGAGAAAACAUUUAAAAAUAUUGUACAAUUUGCACAAGAAAAGAAAAUAUUUUUGAUUUGAAAUUAAUUAUUACACUGUAAUUAGCACGUCCGAAGUCAUAUUUAUUGACAAAUAGUGAAAUCUUUUGUUAUAAACACGCUUACUGAAAAUAAACAACAGCUGUUUGUGAAGCGAAUAA